AUGAUGAGGGUCAUAGAAGAACACAACAGCCCCAGGAAGAAUAGAAACUCGUUUCCUACAUUUCUGAAACUCGAUUCCUUUACUGCUGCCGCCAAGUUCUCCAUAACCCUUCCUUCGAAAGUGACCAGCGACCGCUUCAGCCCUCCCAUCGGCAACGGUGCCAAAUGCCGCCCAUCCUCCCGGCAACCAGUUUGGGGAAGGAAGAAGGAAGGGUUGUGGAGGGCUUCUCUCGAACAGAUAGAGACCACCAGAUAG